AUGGGCAGUGAGAAGGAGCAGAAUCCAGAACAGCACCUGCCUGAGGAAGGGGAGCGGGGUAAGCCUUGGAGAGCGGACGACCCAGCGGGUUUUCGCAUCCCAGAUGGGGAGAAAGAGCAUGGGCCGGAGAGCCUGUCCGAGAGACCACGAGGGAUCCAUCCCAGAAAGCCCUGGCAGAAAGCCAGCGUCCCCAGUGGAGAGCCGGGGGACCCCGGUAUCCAGUCAAGACUCGAGGCCGACGAGAAGCCCUUUGUAUGUGCCCAGUGUGGCAAAACCUUCAACAACACCUCCAACCUGAGAACGCACCAGCGGAUCCACACGGGCGAGAAGCCCUACAGAUGUUCUGAAUGUGGCAAGAGCUUCUCGAGGAGCUCCAACCGCAUCCGGCACGAGCGGAUCCACCUGGAGGAGAAGCACUACAAGUGCCCCAGGUGCCAGGAGAGCUUCCGGCGGCGCUCGGAUCUCACCACACACCAGCAAGACCACCUGGGCAAGCGGCCGUACCGCUGUGACAUCUGUGGCAAGAGCUUCAGCCAGAGCGCCACGCUGGCCGUGCACCGCCGGACCCACCUCGAGCCGGCACCCUACAUCUGCUGUGAGUGCGGGAAGAGCUUCAGCAACAGCUCCAGCUUUGGGGUGCACCACCGCACCCACACGGGCGAGAGGCCUUACGAGUGCACCGAGUGCGGGCGGACCUUCAGCGACAUCUCCAACUUUGGAGCACACCAGAGGACUCACCGAGGGGAGAAGCCAUACUGGUGCACGCUGUGUGGGAAACACUUCUCUCGGAGCUCCAAUCUCAUCCGCCACCAGAAGACGCACAUGGGAGAGCCGGCUGGGAAAGACUCCAGCUGA